AUGUCAAACACUAUAUUACAAGCCAUUCGUCAAAAUGGCCACAUGGUCAUGCGCAAUUUUCAGCCUAGUAUGAUGCGUGGCAUGAGCACCGCUAGUAAUACCACUAAUAUCUUUGAAGCAGCCAAAGCAGCCGCUGCAUCCGCAUCAGCAUCCUCCACCUCCACCAUUAAUACAGCCACCAACACUACUACAUCCACAACCCCCGUUACACCUCUAGCUCCACCCACUCCUGCUAGCAGCCAUGUCCCUAUUGUACCUAACGACGAAGUAGUCAGUCAAUUAGUCAACACAUUGAUGAGAGAUGGUAAAAAAGCCAGAGCACAGCGCUUGAUUUCUGACAGUAUGAAGCACCUUUCCAAGAAGAUUGAUAACAACAGCGAUCCCUACACUGUGUUACUCGAAGCCAUUGAAACUGCUUCACCCUUAUUGAAACUAUCAUCCACCAAGAAGGGAUCCAAAGUUGUCCAUGUACCCACAGCAUUAAGAGAUCGCCAACGUCGUCGUCGUGCUAUUGUUUGGAUGUUGGAUGCUUCCAAGAAGCGUGGAGAAAAGUCUUUUGAGGAGAGGUUUGCUGCUGAAGUGUAUGAUGUCUCUCAAGGUGUCAGUUCUGUCUUGCAAAAGAAGCAACAGAUCCAUAAGCAAGCAUUGGCAAAUCGUGCUAAUGCCCAAGUCUCGUACAACACACAACGAUAA